UCGGUACUUAUAAAGCUCGGUACCCACCUUAAUAUUUCAAAAUAGAAAGUUUCUUGUGACUAGAACUCUCAUUCUUGAAUCAUGGCAGAACGAAGGGUUUUCACUCUCUCACAGGUUGCUCAACACAAGUCCAACAAAGAUUGUUGGGUUGUGAUCAAUGGCAGAGUGUUGGAUGUCACAAAGUUCUUGAUCGAACACCCGGGAGGGGAUGACGUGUUGCUAGAGGUUGCGGGGAAAGAUGUGACGAAGGAGUUUGAUGCUGUUGGGCACAGCAAGGAAGCUCAAAACUUGGUCCUCAAGUACCAAGUGGGUAUCCUCCAAGGUGCCACAGUUCAGGAGAUUGAUGUUGUGCACAAGGAACCAAAUAGCAAACAAGAGAUGAGUGCUUUUGUGAUCAAAGAGGAUGCUGAGUCCAAGUCUGUGGCAUUAUUUGAGUUCUUUGUUCCACUUGUUGUAGCUACUCUCUAUUUUGGUUACCGAUGCCUCACCAGGACUGACCCUGUUACGUAUUAGUCAUUGUCAAAGUCUCUUUCUGAAUGUUAUAUAUGGUUGAGUGUUUGAUGUCUAUGGGUAGAGGCAGCAAGUCUGUGUUUGGAUAAGUUAUAAUAAGAAAAUUGAUUUCGUUA